AUGGAUCUUUCCAUCUUAUGUGAAAUCGAUAUAGCAAUAAUAAUUUUUUCAAUUACUGCUGAACUGUUUAUGUUUGGCAAUCCAAACGUAGAAUCGGUUGUCGAGCAAUUUUCCCAAGCAAAACAACCGUUUUACCGCAUGUUAAGCCGUAAGACAACACAUGAAAAGGCUGGAUGUGGUGACGAAAAUGAUACAAUGAAAAAGAAGAAAAAGAAGGCAAUAAAUGAGAAGGAAAAAGGAGAAUCUACAUUGAAAAUUUUCAAUCCAACUAAUUUGGAAAGACUUGAGAAACUGAAGCAAGAGAUUGAUGAACUUGAAAGAGAUUUGACUGAGAAAAUUGAAGAGGUACGAUCAAAGAUAGGUGUAACUGAUCCAAAAUUUGUACCUGAAAUGAAUGCAACAAUGUCUUCAGCCAUGCCAUCCAAUUAG